AUGAGCAAGAAGAAGGAGGACCUCGAGGCCGAGGUCCAGCGGCUCUUGGCGAUGAACGCCAAAACGGUGGACACCAAGACCGAUGCCGUCAAGCCAGCCGCGCCGAUGGACAACAACAAGUCCAACAAAUCGGGCGAUGAGUCCACCCCGCUGCUCGAGCCCGAGGACGGCGCUCCGAAAAAGCCGUGGUACGCGUGCUGCACGUUCAGCUGCGGCAACCCUCUCAGCGCUUGCGGCAACCCUCUCAGCGCUUGCGGCAGCUGCCUCAGCUCGGUGCAGAGCACGCUCGGCGUGAUGGGGUCGUGGAUCGCGGGCGCGCUCGUCGCGCUCCUCGUCGUCUACCUCUGCCUCACGUUCCUCAUCCCGCCCGGGGACCACGGCGACAAGCCGCUCAAGUUCGAGCCCGCACACGCCACAUCCAUGGCCGCGAUGGCCUCCGCGGCGUACAGGCCGAUCGAUAAGAUCACCUCGUGGACGUGCGAGCCCUGCCAUAAGGCGCAUCCCCAGCCGGAGGAAGUCUCAGUCACCCAGGUCAACGAAGCCGACGGGCUCUUCUACACCGCUAAGAUCAAGACGGACGAAUAUCCCGACGGUGCGCUCGUGCUGGUAAUCCGCGGUACCAUGCUCGAGUCCGCCAGGACGUGGGAGUCCGACCUGGACUUCUUCUACAUGAAGACCACGGGCAUCGGCAAACACACGAACGAUCAUUUCGGCCGCAAGAAGGAUGUGUCGUGGCUCCCGACCAAGGUCGACGUUCACCCCGGUUUUUUCAAGCUUUACCAGCUGUACCAGAAGAAGAUCAUUCGCACCGCGGCGGAGGACACGUACCUGGUGCAGAACCAGGGCUAUCCCGUCAUCGUCGUCGGUCACUCCCUCGGCGGCGCGCUCGCCACCUACGCCGCGUACGACCUCUACGCGUCUGGUUUCAACGUGAGGGAGGUGUGGACCUUCGGGUCCCCGCGGGUGGGCUCCGAGGCGUUCGCGUCCGCGUACGCGCAGGCUCUCAGUCACCGCACGUGGCGCAUCGUUAACAACAACGAUAAGGUUCCCCACGUGCCCCACUACCCCAUGUACCACCACGUCCCCGCCGAGCUCUGGUGCAAGAACGACGACGGCUCUUGCAAAAAGUACGAAUCCGGCGACGGGACGGGCGAGGACUGGUCCCUCUCCGGCCACUACCACUUCGCGGGGAUGCCCAUCAAGUCCCUCGUCGACCACAAUCGCGGUAUGGGCAUCCCCUUCGACGGCGCUCCCACCUUCACGGAAGAUGCGCUGCUGACGACGUUCAAGAAUGGGCUGUUCACCAAGGAUUUCGACCUCAUCGUGGGGCCCUUCGACGACCCUUGCGAGAUUCGCGAGGACAAGGACGUCUGCGAGGCGGAGAGGGCGGAGUUCAUCGAGACGAAGAAGCGCGCGAACGCAUGGGCGACCGCGAACGAGCAGAACGCCCUCCAAAAGCUGAUGAAGAGGAAGAGCCACAGCCCGUCGCCGCCGCCGCCGAGCCCGCCCCCGGGUCAGCUUGAGUUCAUGGGCGUGGACACGGGAUACAUGCCAGAGGCGGAGAAGUACGGAGAGGCCAAAUACGGCAAGUGA